GCUUUUGCUCUACGAGAACGAGAAUCGCAUGACACCUCAAACUUUAAACCCUGAAGCAGAAAAACAAAAAUAAAUAAAUAAAAAUCCUAAGCUAGAAAAAUCCAACCCAGUCGAUCACCAUUCUAUAUUUACUCAAGGGUGUCCCACGCGCACUAGCAAUAAAGAGAUGUGCACCAGGUAAAAAACAUAACAACCAGGACCCCUGAGAAAACUCUACCCUCAUACUGGAUCCACACCCGUACAUCAAAACACGCAUACUCCAGACCCCAGGGCAUCUACGGUGCCUACUCAAUGACAGGUCCAUUUGUGCACAUAGGUAAAACACAAGACGAGACAAUUCCGGGGAAACAGGAAAGAAAUCAAACGCUAUGGUGGAAGGGGGAAAAUAAAAUAAGGCAGAAAUAAAGAGCAAGAAAAAAUGAGGGAGAGAAUGCAGAAAUGGAGGCAUGAUCAAUACUAGUGUCCAAAGCUCACGGCUUAUUCUAACUCUUCGACGGAAACUUUUUCUCCAUGCUUUACCUUGAGAUCCCAAGAGAUUUCAAAAUAAUCACCGUCAUUAAUGAGAACGUCUCUUAGCAUCCCUCUCGCCCUUCCAAUACCCCGGGUCUGAGAGAUGACCUUGGUCUUUGUCUUGGGCUUAGCUAGUAACUCCCCGCGCAACCUGAUCUCUAGAGCUCUCAAGCCAAGGGGGAGUGUCGGGGUGAUGUUUGAUAGCUGCAUGUACCCGCCCCCAUUAAUCCUUGCUCUAUCGUUAAAAUAACAAAAGCUGGACGUACCUUAAGUCCCUUCAUCUCAUAAUUCAUACCCAGCCCCUCCAUCUUCGUAAACCCCUUCAACGGUGCCAGCCACUCCGGGCGGUAAUACAUCGCUCGGGUAGUCUCCGGCUCGCGAACCUGCACCGUGAGCGAUUCCAAACUACCUCUGCUGCUCCCCAAAGCGCGGAUUAGAGCUUUCAUAGACGACUCCGUGAAGCUGCUGAGGUUCAGAAGCACCCUUUUCAGUUUCCGGCAGGUGGCAAUGAACAUUAUCACGCCAUCGAUGUCCGGCACGUCCUCCCAUGUGUAUAGACUUAGUUCUUCUAAUC